CACUUCCGCUUUGGGUGAGCUCAGAGCUCGCUGUUUCCGGCGGCGCCGCGUGGAGCUCUGCGGCUUGGAAGCCGUCGCCAUGGCGGUCUUUGCUGGCCCGGCCAAGCCGUUCCUGUCGCUGAACCCGCAGGAAGAGGCCAAGUUUCAGAAGGAGGUGGCGCAGGCUCGCCGGCGCGCAAACCAGCGACAGGAGAAAGAAAAACUGACUCCUGGAGUAAUCUAUGUGGGCCACUUACCUCCAGCACUUUAUGAAACCCAGAUUCGGGCAUAUUUCUCCCAGUUUGGCGCUGUUACAAGAUUCAGGCUGUCCAGAAGUAAAAGGACUGGAAAUAGUAAAGGCUAUGCCUUUGUGGAGUUUGCAUCUGAAGAUGUUGCCAAGAUAGUUGCUGACACAAUGAACAACUACCUUUUUGGUGAAAGACUCUUAAAGUGUCAUUUUAUACCACCCGAAAAAGUACACGAAGAACUUUUUAGAGAGUGGCAUGUUCCAUUUAAAAAGCCAUCAUAUCCAGCAGUGAAACGGUAUAAUCAGAAUCGGACACUUCUUCAAAAGCUACAGAUGGAGGAGCGAUUUAAAAAGAAGGAAAAAUUACUCAGAAAGAAAUUAGCUAAAAAAGGAAUUGAUUAUGAUUUUCCUUCACUGAUUUUACAUAAAAAGGAAAAAAGAAAUGCAUCAAACACUGGGCUUCAGAAAUCUACAAAUAGCCAGGUCUUAUCAAAGAAGAAGAAGAAGAAAAAGGUUUCACAUACUCCUGCCACUCCUGAGAAGACUGUGGAUAGCCAGGGCCCCACGCCAGUUUGUACGCCAACGUUUUUGGAGAAACGAAAAUCUGAAGUGGCUAAAAUGAACGUUGAUGAUAAAGAUAAUGAAAUAGUUUUCAAACAGCCCGUACCAGGUGUAAAAGAAGAAACACAAGAGACUCAAACAUCUACACGUUCAAGAAAAAAAAGACGAAGAAAAAGCAAUCAGUGAUUCUGAAUGUAUUCUAUUUCUUCUGAAAAAUGUGAUUUUAGUGUGAGGGCGAAUUCUUUGUAUUUAACUAGAUGCAAUGGAAUGCAACCAUUGUCAAGGUUCUUGGAGGGAAAACUGUCAGUUCAAGUCAGUACGGAAGGCAGUCAGUAGCUGGCUUACCUGCCCUUGCUGAACUGCGAGGUGCCCAGCUUGCAGGAGCCGGGCUUACGCUGCCUCUUUGUCCUGGUCUCUAGUUUUCUUUGCAGAUUUCAUAGCUGUCUUUAGUAACUCUGCCUGGAUAGAAAAGUCACCAUUUACUGCAGCUUUUGUUGUUACCAUCAAAUUAAAUAAAAUCUUGCUUGACCAUCUGCGUGGUUCUGUUAGGCAUGCACCUUUAACCCAUAGGGCACUUCAGUGUCGUGUGCUUGAAACGAAGUUAAUUACAGGGAGGGAGAGAAGUAUGUGUAUGUGAUCACUUUUACCACGUUACGUUAGUUUGGGUGGGUUAGCAAGAUUUAAUAACCGUCAUUUUGUGUCUGUAUCAUGGAUGUGGAAUUGUAUUUCAAGAAUCAGUGACCAGCAAAUAAAUUUUUUCUACAGUUCAGUUGUA